AUGGAGAAGAACAUUUGCUAUCAGCAACGAAGGAGAAAAGAAGUUGUGUACGACGAUUGUGUACUCGAGGACUCCUUGUCCCAAGGUGACUGUCAUAUCGAGGAGGACCCCAACGUAGACUACGAGAUGCUGCUCAGAGGAUUACGAGCCUUUGCUGGGCGUGUCUCGAAGCAGCGCAUGACAAACUUGGACCGAAUUCCAAAGACCACCGAGGAAUUGUUGGAAGGAAGAAGGACUUUGGGGCUUGAUACGAAUGCAUCGCACAUUCACCGGACGCUGGAUGAAGCCCAGCCUCAAGAACAAGCUGGAUUCCGUCAAGGGUUCAGCUGCUUGGACCACAUUCAGACCGUGUCGAGGGUCAUAGAGGUUUGCCGGGAAUACCGCCUGCCCCUAGUUCUAACCUUCGUCGACUAUGAGAAAGCCUUUGACAGCGUAGAAGCGAAUGCGAUACUGUCACCGCUGGUCGAUCAAGGUGUGGACGCGUCGCAUGUGGGGACAUUAGCCAAUGGCUACGAUCGAUGA